GACCCCCCCUCACCCUGUGCACGGAGCCUGGACGCCGUCCACUUGUCCCACACAUAGACUUUGAACACUGCUCUCCUCCUCCAUAGAGAUCCAGCCACUGACCCCCUCCCACCCCAUACGCUUCCCGCACUCCACUCUUCACUCACUCAGCAGGAUGCUCCUCGCUCUCCUCCUCGCUCUCUCCCUCUGUCUGGGGAUCUCCUGGGGUCAGGAACCCAUUCCGCAGACCCCCAACUACACCAGGCCGGUGUUCCUGUGCGGAGGAGACCUCACAGGGGAUUCUGGGUAUGUGGCCAGCGAAGGAUUCCCCAGUUACUACCCGCACAACAAGAAAUGUGUCUGGAAGAUCACGGUUCCCGAUGAUCACAUUGUGAUUCUGUCCUUCCGCCUCCUGGAUAUGGAGUCGGACCCGAGCUGUAGAUACGACUAUCUCAACAUCUACAACGGGCACAGUCAGACCUCCCAGAGGCUGGCGCGAGUCUGCGGCACCUUCCGACCCGGCGCCAUCAUGUCUUCUGGACCCCACAUGAUGCUGGAGAUGGGAACAGACGAGGAAACCGGAGGACGCGGCUUCAUAGCCUGGUACUCUGCCGGAGCGCCAGCGCUUAACGAGAACCUCUUCUGUGGGGGGAAGCUGGAGAAGCCUCAGGGAAGUAUAACGAGCCCAAACUGGCCGAAGACCAAUUACCCCAGUGGUAUCAGCUGGAUCGAGCUGUCAUUUGGAAAGUUUGACGUUGAAGAGGACAGUUACUGCCGCUACGAUUACCUGGCCGCGUUCAAUGGCGGAGAGACGGACAACAACCAUCAAAUUGGAAAAUACUGCGGAGACACCACGCCACAGACGAUCUAUUCCGAUGGCAACGAGAUGCUGGUGCAGUUCGUGUCCGACCUCAGUGUGACGGCGGGCGGAUUUGAUGUCACCUACAGGAUGAAGGAUGCCUCUGAAGUCCCGAAGAAGGACCCUGAAUUAAAAACCACGGCAACCAGAGAGGGAACAGCGAGCCGUCCAGCUGGAACUAAACCGCCAGCUAAGGCCAAACCUACCCCGAAACCCGUGCCUAAGCCCACCCUGAAACCCACGCCUAAGCCCACCCUGAAGCCCACCCUGAAACCCACGCCAAAACCAGCCACGGCCAAGCCCACCCAAAAACCCAAACCCACCAAGGCUGCCAGAUUGGCCACCACUGCCAAACCUAAACGGGAAAAGUUGCCAGUUCCUUCAGGUUCGCCUUCCAAGUGCCCAGAGAAGUGCCGGAAGACGGGAACUUUGGGAAACCACUACUGCGCCAACCAGUUCGUGCUGACCGGGUCGGUGAAGUCUAUCACCAAAGGAGAGGUGGAGGGAACUCUACUGGCCACCAUCAACAUUAUCCAAGCCUUCAAGCAGGAAGGCCUGACCAUUCAAGAGGCCGGAGCGACCACGAGCGUAAAGAUCAUCAACGAGUGUCCUCGAUGCCCCAUACUGAAGAAAGGUUCCAGUUACCUCUUCAUGGGUAUGGUGGACGACGAAGGACGCGGCAGAAUUUUAGGUGACAGUUUCGUCAUCGCGUACAGAGCUCAGCAACACCAGAUCCUCACCAGCAUCUCCAAGAAGCCCUGUUAAUGGCGUCCAUCUUGUCCCCGAGCCGCCCCUAGUAUCUGCUGCAGUGUCACCAUGGCGACCACCUCUA